AUGGAUGGUGAGGAAAGUUUUGUGGCUCUAGUCCACUGCUCAGGAAAAAUUCAAAAGAGCAAAAGGCAUGGUGUAAAAUUUACGGAUAGAGAAUCGUUUAGUAUUUUUAUCCGGUCUUCGAGUACGUUGGCAGAGAUUAAGCUCAGCAUAUUACAGAAGCUCGGUGCUUGUGGGACGAAGUGGGUAAAAAAGUUGUUUUACAAGAUUCUCAUUGCCGUUGUGUCAGCUGGUGUGAGAUAUGAGACCUUUGUGAUAGGGCCCGAUGAAGACCUACAGGUCUUGUUUCACUGCAGGCAUAGUUUUUCGGAGGUGAUGAGAAUACCGGAGCUGCUUGCGAAGUUGGAAUAUGGUGUCGACAGCCCCGGGGCAUCGACACCGAAUCCUCAGUCAACGACGGUGGGUGGUGCCUCGACAUCGAUGCAUGUGGUAGCAGCGGUAGUUCUGAAUCCUGAUCCUCAACGUGUUGCGGCUGUUCAUGCUGGUGUGCCUCCUGUUGUGCCUGAUUUUGAAUUUGAGGCCGGACCGGAUCGAGUUGAGAAUGCGAUGCGGGACGAUGAUUCGGAUGACAAGCCGGUCGCAAUUGGUGGGGACAGUGAUGAUGAUAUUCCGAGCGGUACACCUACACCUCAUGGAGGUUCCGGUUAUGGCACACAACAGUAUCCUCCGCACCUGUCAUCGUUGAACUUGGAAGCUAUCGGCCAACACCAGAAUGUAGAGGCAACCUUUGUGGUCCAGGGUAUGCAUGAUGCGAAUCCUUUAAUGGAAUUUCAGAUUGGUCAAUCGUUCCAGAGUAAGGAGGAAGUUGUGCUGAGUGUAAAAGAUUACAGCGUUCGGCGUGGAGUUGAGUACAAAGUUAUGCAAUCAUACCAUCUGAAAUACCAAGGAAUAUGCAAGGAGUUUGGUAACGGGUGCGCGUGGUUGAUUCGUAUCACACUGCAAAAACGGAAGAGCACAUGGGAGGUUAGGAGGUGCAAUGGACCACACACGUGUAUGGCCACAUCAAUAUCGAGCGACCACAAACAGUUUGAUUAUCAUGUCAUAUGUGUGAGGAUCUUUCCAUUGGUUAGAGUUGAUGCGUCGGUUACGAUUAAGGUGCUGCAAGAGGCAACAUGUGGUUUCAGGCCUAGUUAUAGGAAGGUGUGGUUGGCGAAGCAGAAGGCUGUAGCACAGAUCUAUGGCGACUGGGAGGAGUCCUGUGGUGAUCUGCCCGCUAGAUCCUUGGGGUCACAUCUACCAUGGACGGUUCCGUUGCUCUGCUGA